GGGUCCGCCCGCAACACAUUUGAUAUUCACGCAUAACCGCUCCAGGCGAGCCCCCUUCUCGUCUCGGCUUCUGCAGAAUUUGGGGAACACUUCCGCAAUUUCAGUUUCCUCUAAUGGGCCAGACUUCAGAUUUCGAUCCCAACCUUCUCAUUUCUCACAAAUUUCCCGAAGUUACAUACUCCUAUAGCGAAAGAGAUGUAAUACUCUACGCACUUGGUGUUGGAGCAUGUGCACGGGAUGCUGUGGACGAAAAUGAACUCAAAUAUGUCUACCAUCAAGAUGGGCAGCAAUUUAUCCAGGUUUUACCAACGUUUGCUGCUUUAUUUGCUACCGCAUCAUUCGAUUUUCAGCUACCAGGUUUAGAAUAUGAUCCACGCCUUCUACUGCAUGGACAACAAUAUAUAGAAAUCCACAAGUCAUUUCCUUCAAGUGUUUGUAUACAAAACAAAGCCAGUAUUUCUGGAUUGCAUGAUAAAGGUAAAGCAGCAAUAGUUGAGAUUGAGAUUGAAAGUUAUGAGAAAGAGUCUGGUGAACUGCUAUGCAAGAACCGGAUGACCACCUAUCUGCGAGGUGCUGGCGGUUUCUCAAAAUCAUCUGAACCAUAUUCCUACUCAAAGUAUCCUAACCAACCAGUUUCAGCGGUUAAAGUUCCAAAAAGUCAGCCUUUUGUCGUAUUUGAGGAUUGUACCCAACCAUCUCAGGCUUUGCUGUAUAGGCUAUCUGGUGACUACAAUCCUUUGCAUUCAGAUCCAGGCGUUGCAAAAAUUGCAGGAUUCUCUCGUCCCAUACUGCAUGGGCUGUGCACACUGGGGUUUGCAGUUAGGGCGAUCAUCCGAUGUAUCUGCAGAGGAGACCCAAACAUGGUGAAGAACGUACAAGCACGCUUUCUUUUACAUGUCUACCCUGGCGAAACCUUGAUCACAGAAAUGUGGCUCCAAGGCUUGAGGGUUGUAUAUCAAACUAAGGUGAAAGAGCGGAGCAGGACAGUGCUUUCUGGCUAUGUAGACCUAAGCCGAUUGGCUUCAUCAUUGUGAAUGAGAUCGUACUGCCUGUCUAUUUAAUUUAUGAGAAAGGUUCCCAAACCACUGCUAAAUAAGUGUAUUUAACCAGGACAUCUAGGAAGGCCCGUAUCAUUCUAGUAUUGGCGUAAGAGAGCUUUGUUAAGCUUGGGUUUGUCUCAAGAGACUGUAUAACCUGCUCGAAGCUGGAUGGUGAAGAUGAUGAUCCCAUACUCUAAUUCAUACCAUUCACGCUAUUUUAUAUAUUUUUAUUUCAUUAAUAUGCA